GUACCUGGCAGCUACUGGCAAGCUAAACAAUAGCAAUGAAGAUACGAGUAACUUAGCGAAUAAAAAGUAUCUCCGUGCCAUAGAUAAGUCAAUUAAUGUGGAUGCCACCGGACUCCGUGAAAAAGCGAAUGUGGCCAAAAUGGAAAGUGCUGUCAGGAUCAUAAUUUUGUCGCUCAUUUUCUUGGCAUCGAAGAUAAACUGCCAAGAAGCGAUCUUGCACAUUUCAAAUGGAAGUACAGAUAGGGAGUACUGCAUUGUCCACAAUCAUUCCUGGACCCCCUUGUCACAAACCCUUGAUGCUGCCUUGCAGUAUCCACUCGUGAACAUGACGUCCACUCUGCUGUGUAACAGCUCUGGUGUCAGUCCAGAUGUGGUGAAGGGCAAAGCGUUGGUGGUGAUGAGGGGGGACUGUGACUUCAGCCAGAAGGCUGUGGUUGCUCAAAGUCUUGGAGCUACAACUUUGCUCAUUGCCAGCAAACAAUUAUUGAUUACACCAUCAGCCAAUGACUCUGACUAUGCAAAAGUCCAUAUUCCUCUGGCUCUCAUGAGGUACAGGGACUUCAUUGAAGCACACAAGGAGUUUGGUGAAGAGAUGCAGGUAAAGCUUUAUGCUCCACCUCACUCGAAGAUUGAUGCAAGCAUUGCAGUCAUGCUACUGAUCGCCAUUGUCACAGUUGCCUUGGGGGGCUACUGGAGCGGAGCCUGUGAGAGAGACCGGUUAAGUUGUGGUGCGGCAGGGGGAGGCGGGGGAGAGAGCAAAGCAGACAGCGGAGAACUUUUCCUAUAUUCUCCUCUUAAAGUGGUCUUCUUUGUCGCCCUGAUGUGUGGGAUGCUGGUCCUUAUGUACUUCUUCUACAGCGUCCUGGUUUACGUCAUUAUUGUGAUAUUCUGCCUGGCAUCUGCGUCUGCGCUGUUCAGCUGUCUCGAUGCAGUGAUGGAAAAAAUUGGUUGUGCUGCUGGGAGAUUCUCUGUCCGAAAUUAUAACUUCUCAGUGAGGUCUCUCAUACUGGCCGCUGUGUGCAUUAGCAUUGCUGUGGUCUGGGGGGUCUACAGGAAUGAAGACAGAUGGAUCUGGAUCUUGCAGGACCUUCUUGGCAUUGCUUUCUGCCUCAACUUCAUGAAGACCAUAUCACUGUCCAACUUCAAGAUCUGUGUGAUUCUGCUGAGCCUCCUUCUCGUGUAUGAUGUCUUCUUUGUUUUCAUCACUCCUUUCCUCACCAAGAAUGGAGUCAGCAUUAUGGUACAGGUUGCCCUGGGCCCAGAUGCUUCUGGAGAGAAGACACAAGGUAACAUGGUGGAGGUCCCCGCUGAACCCCAGGCUCCCUCUGAGAAACUGCCAGUGGUGAUGCGAGUCCCACGGUUCUCAGCCUGGGCUCAGAAUCUGUGCGGGAUGCAGUUCUCCAUUCUGGGUUACGGAGACAUCAUCGUUCCAGGUCUCCUGGUUGCCUACUGCAGCAGAUUUGAUGUUUGGAUCAACAGCAGCAAGAAGAUCUACUUCAUCAGCUGCUGUAUAGCCUAUCUGCUGGGAAUGAUAGUGACAUUUGCUGUGAUGCUGCUGUCAGGGAUGGGCCAGCCCGCCCUGCUCUACCUGGUGCCCUUCACCCUGAUAACCUCUGCCAUAGUGGCUGGGUGCCGGGGAGAGAUGAGGCAGUUCUGGAAAGGAACUACCUAUGAGGUCUUGGACUCAUCCAGGGAACCUUUGUUGCCAGGUGUGCUUCCCUCCAACCCCAAAACCUCACCUCUGCAUCCCUCCUGCCAUUUUAUAGUUUUGCUUACUGCAGUGCGUUAUCUUUUCUUGCCAGCUUCUUUUGGUUGCCCCUUCUUUUGACAUUUUAACCCCUGAUUUCCAGGGUCAAUGUGAUAUUCAAAGACACAACAGAUGUCAUACCUUUUAAAACACACUUGGAGGACCUGCUUUUGGACAGUACAGAGUUUUGUAUUAACUGACCACUAGGUGUCUCUGGUUGAUUGAAAAUAAUCCGAGGAGCUUCUCACCUUCACUUCUUGUGCUAAAGACGUGGCCCUGGAAUACCAUUAACUUCAUCUCUUUAUUUCUGCAGUUUGUUUUAUCAUUCUCUUUCUCCACUCAUCAAUCUUUUCCAUCCAAUGGGAAUUAAUACUUGCAUCACUCCAUCCUUCAUGCAGCAACUUUUCAACUCAGCAAUUCAUCCACCAACAUGUUCAUGUUGCCCUCUGCAUGUUGUUGCUUGCAGUAACUGGGUUUGGGAGGUGUUAUCUCUGGGGUGUGGUAUUCGUAGAACGUGGCGCUCGUCUGCUGUUGUAUAUGCAAUACGCAUUACAAAUUAAAAGCCCAUCUAAAUAACUGUCUUUCUUUUUCAAAUAUUUGUAUUUCAUUAACCAUAACAUUGAUAUCAAAAAUUAAC